ACCCCAUUCCCCAAGCCUUCUGUCCCUUGCCUCUGGUAGGUUCCACAAUGGUACAGGCAGCAUCACGCUGCACAAUGGUUUCCAGGCAGUGAAAGAGGGUGAUUCAGCAAGCACUCUUCUUUUUUUUUCCUCCCUCCCCCCUCCCUUUAUUUUGAUUUUAAGGGUGAUACUUGCUACAUGCUUAUUUUUCUUUUGCAAAUUCCUUUAAGUCCUUUUGAUUUUCAAUUUCUGGGGCCUGAAGAAUUUUAUUAUUGUAUUUUCUGGAAAUCACCUUUUUAUCAUUAAUUCUAAACAAUUCCCCACCCCCCAAAGGAGCCCUUCCUCAUUCCAAUUUGGAAUGUGGUUAUGAAAAGCAAGUAGGGAUUCACUUGAUGGUGCAAACAGUGCUGGACCAGGAUCCUAAUUCUCAGGCACGGCAUGUAUGGUGCCAGUGAUAGAUGGCUACCUGGGGAAGCUGGAGGCCAACUGGAAGAGUCUGAAUGGAGUCCCCUGGCACAUGAUCUGUUUCUUCCGGGCUGCUUGAAAAAAUUUCUCUUUGAUUUGGAAGCUGUGGAUCUUGGCAACCAUAUUUCUGGGUAUUUAUGAGCCGCUACUUCUUGUCCUACUUCGGUGAACCUACCUUCGAUGUGAAAAUUGCCUUUUGUCAGGUGUGUGUUUCUUACAGGUAAAACAAGGGAUUUGAUAAACAAGUGGAUGUGUCAUAUAUUGCCAAAUAUUACAACAUGAGCAAAAGCAAAGUAGACAACCAGUUCUACAGUGUAGAAGUGGGAGAUUCAACAUUCACAGUUCUCAAACGCUACCAGAAUCUAAAGCCUAUUGGCUCUGGGGCUCAGGGAAUCGUUUGUGCUGCGUAUGAUGCUGUCCUUGACAGAAAUGUGGCCAUUAAGAAGCUCAGCAGACCAUUUCAGAACCAAACACAUGCAAAACGAGCUUACAGGGAGCUAGUCCUCAUGAAGUGUGUGAAUCAUAAAAAUAUUAUCAGUUUAUUAAAUGUCUUCACACCACAGAAAUCACUGGAAGAAUUUCAAGAUGUUUACCUUGUGAUGGAACUGAUGGAUGCAAACUUGUGUCAGGUAAUUCAAAUGGAAUUGGAUCAUGAGCGCAUGUCUUAUCUCCUAUACCAAAUGUUAUGUGGAAUCAAGCACCUUCACUCUGCUGGGAUCAUCCACAGGGAUUUAAAGCCCAGUAACAUCGUGGUGAAGUCUGAUUGCACAUUGAAAAUUUUGGACUUUGGACUGGCCAGGACUGCAGGCACAAGCUUCAUGAUGACUCCAUAUGUGGUGACACGAUAUUACAGAGCACCAGAAGUCAUCUUGGGAAUGGGCUACAAAGAGAAUGUGGAUAUAUGGUCUGUAGGAUGCAUUAUGGGAGAAAUGGUUCGUCACAAAAUCCUCUUUCCAGGAAGGGAUUAUAUUGAUCAAUGGAACAAAGUAAUUGAGCAAUUAGGAACACCAUGUCCAGAAUUCAUGAAGAAAUUGCAACCCACAGUAAGAAACUACGUGGAGAAUCGGCCCAAGUAUGCAGGUCUUACUUUCCCUAAGCUCUUUCCAGAUUCCCUCUUCCCUGCUGACUCCGAGCACAAUAAACUUAAAGCCAGCCAAGCCAGGGACCUUUUGUCAAAGAUGCUAGUCAUUGAUCCAGCCAAAAGGAUAUCAGUGGAUGAUGCCUUACAGCAUCCAUACAUCAACGUCUGGUAUGAUCCUGCAGAAGUGGAGGCGCCUCCUCCACAGAUAUAUGAUAAACAACUGGAUGAAAGAGAACAUACCAUUGAAGAAUGGAAAGAACUGAUCUAUAAGGAAGUAAUGAAUUCUGAAGAAAAGACUAAAAAUGGAGUAGUAAAAGGACAACCUUCUCCUUCAGGUGCAGCAGUGAACAGCAGCGAGAGCCUCCCUCCAUCCUCUUCUGUCAACGACAUCUCCUCCAUGUCCACUGACCAGACCCUGGCAUCCGACACUGACAGUAGCUUGGAGACCUCGGCAGGACCACUUGGUUGUUGCAGGUGACUAGCCGCCUGCCUGCGAAACCCAGCGUUCUUCAGAAGAUGAGGAAACUGAAAAGAUGCACAACCGUGUGUGGGAUGUGAUAAUUAAGAGAAAAUGGGAAGGAAGAGAACAAAAUCUAAAAUUGAAUCCAAUCUUUCAGCUUGCUUCUUCUGCAGAGUUAUGUAUUGCAACUCAGUCCAAGUGUAUAUUUAACUUAUAAUUGCCCUGCUUCUUCUUCUUCUUAUUCUUCUUCUUCUUCCAGUGAUGCUUACUGCAGAAAACAAAACACACACACAUGCACACACACACAAACACACACAGAGUUAAAAAGCUUUUCCCAUAAAGUAUACAUGAAUGGCUACCAAACCAGCAACCUGCGCCCACCCUUUCACUGGCAUGGCAAGGUGUGCAGUGGCCCCUGCAUGUGUCUCUGUCUUGCAUCUACCUGCUCCUUUUGGCCUAGUCAGAUGGAUGUAGAUACAGAUCCACAUGUGUCUCUAUACACAACAGCACGACAUUUACAUAGAAAUGAUAUAGUGUCUUUAGUGCUGUCCAGAUACAGUACAUCCUGUGUAACUCAGUGGUCCAUUUCAUGUGAACUCUUACUAUGACAUAAACCCAUCUGUAAUAUCUUGCCAGCAUAUAAGCUGUUUAGUUUGUUAAUUAAAGUUGUAUGUCUUAUAAGAAGCUUUGUAAAAGGGACAAAAAUUGUGAGUGAGCACUCAAAGAUACUUGAAGAUAAUGUAGCAUCCAAAUUUGAGCUGAUUAAAAUGUUACCUGCAUACCAUUUUGUAGAGAGGAUAUAUGUGAUGAUGUUUUAUAGGGGAAACAAUGUCAUGGAAGUGUGUAAAUGGACCAGGCUGGAAAGGUGUAUAAGCACCAUGGAGGGAAGCAAGGUCUUCCUCCUGUAGGGGAUAGGUCUACAUCCCAGGGUCUGAGCCUCUUAACUAGGACGAAUGAGGGGACAUUUUCUAGUGGUUAAUAUUUACUGACUUGUGUGUGUGUGUGUCAGGAAGCUGCUGCUGAAUUGGGAUCAUCAGUGCAUAAGUGUUGGCAGCAACACUCUGUCCAUGAAAAAAAGAUGGGUCUUCGUGGCAGUUCAUUGUAGGAAGAUCACAUUUGCCAGCACUGAUCCUUUUCUUAACUACUUCAGAUCUUUUCUAUUUUGUUAUCCACAAAUAAGCUGCCGUCCAUCUCCAGUCAGUGAUGUAAGAAACCAGGAUUUCUAUUUUUAACAAAAACAACAAGUAAUCCUUGUCCCUUUGAGAAUGACAAAUUGAGGUGAAAUCUGAGAAAUGUAGCACGACCCUGCAGAUACAUGUAUGAUAACGCCCACAAAAAUGUAAGUGAUUCUCCAUGAGCUGUUUGGUGAUUCCCUCCUCCCACUCCUUUUUUUUCCCCCAACAGUUUUUAUAAUCUUGACUUAUCAACCUAAUAUUGAAAGGCACAGCUGGUUUUGAAUUUUGAUAAUAAAGAUAAACUUGUCUGCGGUAACUUAGCAAAGAAAUUACAGCUGCAAAAUAGUUAUAGCAAUACAAGUCCCUUUUAAAAGCCAUGGAGUAUCAAUGUCAAUGUUUAAGCAACAUCACCUUACAUUUGUAAAAGUAUUUAGAGGGACUCUGCAAAGUGUACUGAAUGUCAUGAAGGCAAUAACAGUGAGGAUUUCUUAGCAAUAAUAGGGACCAGUUACAGUUUUUCCUUUUUAUUCAUAUAGUUAAGGUAAUCACCACAGUUACUCUGCACUUUGGCUGUUUUGGUGCUCAUUUGUGUGGUGAUAUUUCACUGUAGGAAGUUAUAACCUUUUAGAAUAACCAAAAGACAGCUUAUUUAGGGUGAUUUCCAAAAGCAAUCAUUUUAAGAAAUGGAAAAACGAUAGGAAAUGAGAAAAUCCACAAAACUGCCUUAAAAACAAAUAGGGAUAAGGAAGCUAUCAUUUUUCUUAAGCAAUAGUCAACAGGGGAGUCCUUGCCCUUGAAAGCAAUUGCCAAUGGGGCCUGACAUGGUAUUUAAGAAGAAAUGACUAGGCUUCAACCACUCCUGCAGAUUCAAAAUGAUCUCAAGCUUCUGCUACUGUCAUUCUGUGUUAGUACAUUAAAUGUUCUGAGAGAUUCCCUCUUGCAUUCCAUCUACUCAACUCUAUAAUUUCCUGUUUUCUUUCCUCUAUUCCUUCCUCUGUCUCUCCUUCUUUCUAACUCAUUUCUGUAUUUAAUACCUAUGAUUUGCCCAUCUUGAUUAUCUUACCUUCACUUUUCUUUCAUAAGAUCCAAUGUGAAGACUGCAAGCAGCUUUGGGAAGGGGGGAAGUGAGUCUCCAGAGACAACCAUAGGCAAUUCACACUGGACCACUCAGGGAAGCGUUAACCUUCUUUACACAAUAUAGUCGUCUCUCCUGAGAGUACAAAAGUAAUGAUGAUUUUUCACUCAGGUUAAAGCAAGGUAGAACAGGAGUCUGCCUUUUCCUCUGCUAGUGCUCCCUAUUCCCCUGGUGCCAAUGAUGUUUCUACUGCUUAGAUGAAGCUGCUUGCCUCUAGACCUGUGGAAACAAAAUAAUGUACUGGAAUUGAAGUGUUUGUGAGACUGAUGGCAACUAUUGGAUUACCCCUGCCUUUCUUUGAAUUCUAUUAGUUAAUUCAGGUUAAAAGAUGUGGCAACAACAGAAUUAGAAAUAUUCCUUCUCUCCCACUUGACUACCAUUUGCUUUGGUCUAUUUCAGUAUCACCAAGAUGUAAUUUAUUGUUGUUCAGAGAUUUAUGAGAAAAUAGUCUAUUUCAUACUUUACCAAAUGCUCUGCUAUUUUACCUAAGAAGCGUCAUUUCCCCAUUAUUUCAAAAGGAAGCUGUUCUUGUAUUCUCAACACACUUGUUGGUCCUAAUGAUAUCAGACCACCUGAAUGUAUACCAGAGAAGAAGGUCAUGGCUGUGGUGAAGGUGUAGCCUUUGAGCCUACAGCUGGCACAAUGAAGAAAAAAAAAAACAGCCUUCUUCAAGUGCCUUUAGAGGAAUUUGUUUCAAGAAUUAAGAAGUGGAGUCUUAUUUAAAAUAUUGUCAAUACUUCCUGGGAGGGGAAAGGAUGUAAAGUCAUAGGGAAGAGUUAAAUUUAUUAGAUUAAAGAUUGUCAGAUAAAUCCACUGCUUUAGCAACUUUUUGGGUAUGUUAUGCUCAUGUACUAUGUGUAGCAUUGUGCUAAUACUGAUGAGGUCAAUCUUUGGCCUUGAAUCACAAUUUCCCAUUGUAGAAAAAUGAGCUCAUAAUAUUUAUUAAUCCUGCACAUUCAAGAAUCUGAUGGCUGAACGUGUCAAGAUAUUUUUCACUGUGUGAACAAGAUGUGGCCAACCCCAAUAAGGCAAAGAAUGAGCAGAUGUAAACUAGGCUGUUUAUUUGAAUAUUUAGUCCAUAUGUUAUGUCGUAAGUAGAAAAAUGUUAGCUGGGAUUAUGAAUGCCAUCUUUAUAUCUGAUAACUCAGAAAAUAUCCCUGUGUAUAUGAAAUGCAUGAUGCUAUUUUGGCCUGUCAGGAAAAACCUGGUUGUAAGUACUUUAUUUUAUUAUGUGGGGUCAAUUUAAAUAUUAAUUAUAACAACUGGGUUAUUUAUACUAAACACAGUUAAGAACUGUCUUUUUAACCCCUUAAGAAACAAAUAGAAGUUUAAAUCUUAAAGGAGCGGAACUUUGUGAUAGGAAUGCUAUUUUUGAAAAGGACAUUUUUCUCUAUUCCAAGAAGCAAUUCAAACUGUACACACUAGCGGGGGCCUUUUUAUUUCAGUUACAUGGGUUCUAAAAAAAAGAAACUUCCUUUUUUUCUGGUAUUUUUUAUUUCUGGUAGCCCAACAUUGUCCACUGAUGUCAUUCCAUGAAACAGGUGAAAUGCUCUCUGGAAGAGAUUUACAAUGUAAAUAGCUGUAUUGGUUUUCUUUCUUGUAAUUAAAAUGUAAGAAUAUGUUCUUUCUUUUGGAGCCAAGCCAGAUAACUGGCAAUCUAACCUAGUGUAACCUAGGCUUAUUUCCUUGGCCAAUAAUGGUCAAAUGGAAGUCCUCAAUUUACAUAUAGAAUACUGUAUAUUUAACCUACUAAGUAUAUGGGACUUACGGUCAGUAUAUCUUAAUAGUAAUGAAAUUUCCACCUUUCCAUGUCCAUAUUAUUACAAGACCCAACUUGAACCUGCCUGUAAUGUCAUAUAAUUGGACUUAGAAGUACACUAAUAAUGUUUGAGAACUCUCAUGUGAUGUUGUUGAGGGGAAAAUAUUUUAAACACAUUAAUUUCAAAGUGCUAGGUCAACAUUGGAAAUGGGAGGGGAAUAUAUACUCAGCAUCAUUGCAAGCUCUCAACUACUGUUAGCAUGGAGGGAAAAGAAAUUCAUGUUGGUGAAAGAUUUAACCCCUUUUUACAUUCUGUGUUUAUGUUUUGAAUAUCUGUGAGUAGUACAGGAGGAACACUUGGCACUUUGGUUUCUUCAGCUAUGUAUUUUGGGGUAAAAGUCAAGAGGAAUUUGCUUUCCUGACAUCAAAACCAAAACCAAAAGCUUGCUGGACUUUCCCUGUGAAGACUUUUGUCUUUUUCCUAUGUUUUUUCAUGUUGUACUAGCUCUGAAACUGGUUGCUUUAUUUCAUUUUAGUGACCAGUAUGGGAUAUUUGAAUUGUGCCUGUCAAGGUUCCCAGGAGAAAAAUGAAGACUGGGAACAAGAUGAAUGGAUGGCUCAGCAGGGGGAAAGGGCUUUAAACAUGUGAACAGGAUCUUAGAGAAAUAGAUGCCGUUCACUGUUGAGAGAUUGUGACAUUUAAAUAUGAUAGUUUUUUUUUUUUUAAUGUAACCCAGAUUUUGACUGAUAUCCUUAGCACAUAAGGCAGUGGUUCUCAAAGUAUGGUCUAGAGAAUCCUGGGGAUCUCUGAAACCCUUUUAGAAGGUCUACAAAUUCAAAAAUAAUUUUUAUUUCCAAUAUGGUAAAUACCUAUAAAUACCUAGAUAAACAGAAACUCUUUGGAGAGAUCCUCAAUAAUUUUUAAUAGGAUAAAGACGUAAGGGAUAAAAUGGAGAACUAAAAUGCCUCAUGCACACUGAAGCCCCAGACAGAUGGCAUUUUCUUCCUAUGCUAAGAGGGGGUGAAACUAUCUGUCUGAGCCAGGAUGGGGCACAGCCUCUCAGGGACUUUUUGACUAGGCCAGCAGCAGCAGCAGAUCUCCGUGUGGAGGGGAACUCAGAAAGUGGAUAGGCAGUGGAGAGGUCCACUGUGGUCAGAGCUUGUUCCAGAGAUCCAGUGCUGUGGGGGUGGACCAAGCUCUGUUCUUUAAGGCUGUUUAUAACUUUCUGUUUGGUUUGGGUCUUUGAAAAUGUGUUGCCCUUGAAAUAAAACUAUGAAGUGUCAUAAUUUUAAAGAACAGAGAAACUCCAAAGUUUGGAGUGCUAAUCACCAGGUUGGGGAGGUGGAGGAACAGGGAGAGAUGUGAAUGAAAAGCACUGUCCCUUGUUGUCUUCAGUCUCUCAGGGAAAUAGUUCAGUCCCAGUCUCAUAAUACUUUGAGUGGGCUCGGCAACAAGCUGAGGAAUUUCAAGCCCUCUCUGCAUUUCAUUGUUGUCUUGAUACAGAUUCUAUUCAGAGCCCCCUCUCUCCUGAGCCUUUCCUCCUCCGCUCCCCCCCUCCCUCCUUCCCCCAUCCCACAUCAUGCUGUGAUCCUCGAAGAACCUUUUCUGAUGUAGUCUUGUUCCAAGACUGGGAUAGUCUCAUCCACUUCCAGGGUAGGGAAAGCAUAUUACCAUCUGAGACUACAAUUCCCAUAAUUUACAUCUUUCUCUGGCCUUCAGGAGAAGUCACCCAAAACAUCCAAUUGCAUAAAUGGGACCUUUAUUUCAGAAUAUAUUCUGGUUAUGUAAGUGCAUAAUGAGUAGAAUUCCCUUCUCGUUUCUGACAGGAAGAUAACAUGGAGUAAUAUAUAAAAUCAGUCCUAAGAAAAGGAAAGUGCAACUUUUAAUGAAAAAGAAAGGUGUUAGGUGGGUGGAAUAGUGUUAGUUUUCAUCAAUUAGGAUCUUAGCAAUGAUUAACUACCAGAAUGAUUUACAUUGUUUUAAAAAAGAGGAGAUAACAAAAGUAAUAUGUACAGUCACAAGCAUGAAAAGCCAUAGUUUUCCAAAUAUUCCCACCUGUGCUCCCCAAAAGUAUUUACAAAUAAGUAUAAUUCUAUGACUUUCUGACAAGGUCACAGGUCCUUUUAGUAGGAGGUUCCAGUUAUUUCUUAGACUAAAACAAAAACAAAACAAUCACUAUUUUGGCAAACCUGGUGGAUUAGCUUUCACAUUCAGUUUUGCUUUUUUCUUUACUUAUUGAAAGUGAGUUCUUUUCUCAAGAACAACUUAUUUUCUUAGUCCAUAUUCUAUUGCCUUAAGGCAAUUGAAAAUCCCAGGAAAAGUAACAAAGCUGUGAAGAGUUGGAGACAUGGACCAGUGGUGGUUGACAUGGUGCAAUGGGUGAAGCACACACGUUGGGGCCACACAAGUACCUAGUUUCUAAUCCUGCCUCUGACACCUGUGUGAUCCUGGGCAAGCCAUUCCAGGAACCCCAGUCACACUAAAUGAGUGCACUGGGUGAAAUAUUUGACAUCAUUUCUAGGUCCACACUUAUGUCUGCCUCUAUGAUCUUAUGAACUCCCUUUCCACAGGUGGUGAAAAUUUAGCCUAGAUAUUGUCUGACUGUGUGGUGCUCUCUGAGGGCUAUUUAAUAAAUCAGGUGAACAAUGACUGCUUGGGCACCCCAGAACUGGGGGAACAACUAUAGAAAUAGAACUCUUCUUGAAAUAAAGUUUAGCCUAAUAUAAGUAUACUUUACUUGGCACAAAAAUGCAUUCCUGAAAAAUUGUAUGUAAAUCAGUUUUAAACAAAUAAAUCUAAUUUAAUAAUCAGAGGGAACUGAAUUAUUUUGGAAAGUGAUUAAACACUUAAUUUAUUUGUUCAGUAAAGCUGACUUUUCAUAUACUAGAAUUGCCUAAUUAUAGGUUGUAUAAUUUAUAAGGCCUGUGGUUCAUGAUCUUUAUGUACCAUUUGAGACAAGUUCUUUAUUUUAUAAUCCCUUCAAUUAACCACAGUGUUCAACUCAACAAAUAACAUUAGCAAUUGUUUAGCAGAAAGAGAAAUGACUUGAAAAUCAGAUAUGAUUCUAUUCCUCAACUUACUGUAACCUGUGACAAGUGAUUUCACAAUAUUGAGUCAGUUCAUUCCCUAGAGGAAUGAAGCGAUUGACCUAAAUGACCUCUAGCUCUAAAAUUCUUACUUCUCUUUAUUUAGUGUCUUUUUUUAAAUUUAAAAAUUACUCAUCUCUUAAACUUUUUUCCCUUAAUAAUAGGUUCCAUUCUUAAUAAAAGCUAAUAAGAGGGAGGCCUCUAUUAUUUCUAUUAAUUGCUAUCAUUUAUUAUUUAGUUUAUUUUCUAGAAUGGUGACUGCAGAAAUUGACAGUGGAAAAUAGUGCAGAAAAGCUAGUUUAAAAAUAUCUCACUAAAUAGCUACUGAUUGAGUUGUAUUUUAGAAUUUCAUUUUGUCCAGAUUUGUGACUUAAUAUAGGGAGCUCUUGGACAAGAAAUUCCCCAUUAGCCAUGCAAAUCUUUAGCUAUUGUACAACUUAUGGUCUCAGAAAGUUUCCUGUGAAACUGAGAGGUAGUGACUUGACCAUAACCAGUAUAUAUCAGAAGCAAGACUUGCACCCAGGUUAUCCUGGCACAAAGUAAGCACUUAAUAAAUUUUUUCUAUCUAUCUAUCUAUCUAUCUAUCUAUCUAUCUAUCUAUCUAUCUAUCUAUCUAUCUAUCAUGUAUCUAUCUACCUACCUAUCUAUGUAUCCUGACCCUGAACACAGCUCCCCUAUUCACUACAUCAUAACCCUGUUGCCUCUUUUAGGGAAUUGCAAUGUAUAGAGAUGCCCAUGUUCUUGGCUCCAUCCUAAUUCUAAAAACCUCUCUAUACUAGAGCAAGAAAGAGAAAGAGAGGAGAUGUUGCUGUCAAAAGUUGUGGUUACAAUUUUUUUCCAUUCAGUGAUCCAAAUGACAAGGAAUACAAGAGUGAUUUAUUGUUGAUCAGUCUUUAGUUUUUCCAAGCUAGAAAUUUAGAACUAAGUUUAUAGACUUUAUCUUUGGAAAGUAUAUGUUAAAAGGAAGCAUUUGCAUUUCAUUCAUUAUUUUAUCACUUAUUUGAAUCAGUAAUGUAAAUGGAAUAAGUAGAUCCUCAGUAAUUCUUUUUAAAACAAUGACAUAUAAUUCCAAGAAAUCUACCAUUUUCAAUUUUUUUCUUUUUUCUAGGAAUAUAAGCAUGUUCACAUUUUCAACACAUUCAUCAGACCCUCGAAUGUUUGCCAUGACCCUCUAGAUAAUGAAAUAAUUUCUAUAAUUGCAAAUAAACAUUAUGGAUAUUUCCAUUACUCCAUCA